UCAAUGUGCGGUCUUAAUAAAACGCACUGGGAUCUGACUGGGAAUAGCAGAUCUCCCAGAGCCAGUGUGGGGAGAAGGGGCCAGGCUAUGCAUGUGCACCGGACUGACUAAUCUUUGGACUGCAAAUAAGGAGGAAACAAUAGAUCCCUGGCUGCCAUCCUCUAAAUACAUCUACUGGAGCUGAAAAUAAGAGAUCACUGGGGUGAAAUAAAAAUCUGCAGCUGAAACAAGUUGGAGCAUUCUUUCCCAAACUUUAUUUUUAGUAAUUGGUGAAUCACUGGAAGGAAGAGGUGAUCUCCCAUCUUUUGGUCUUGCAUAAAAAAAAUAGUUUAAAAAAAUGAGAUGUUUAAUUUUUGUGAGUUUUUGGGCAGCUCUGCUGGUUAGCGCAGGAUGCACCGUGCAGAGGAAAGGCACAGAUGGCAGCGGGAGAAGGGUUAACCGGAUUCAGCAUGGCCAAUGCACAUACACAUUCAUUCUCCCCGAGCAGGAGGUGAACUGCAAAGAGAACGGGGGCACCACUGGCCCUCUGGACAUGAAUGCCCUGCAGAUCGAUCACCCCCAAAUGGAUCAGGAUUUCUCUUCUCAGAAGAUUCAACGCCUGGAGCAUGUGAUGGAAAAUUACACCCAGUGGCUGCAAAAACUGGAAAAUUACAUUUUGGAUAACAUGAAGGCUGAGAUGGCUCAGAUGCAACAGAAUGCAGUCCAGAACCAUACAGCAACCAUGUUGGAGAUCGGGACCAACCUGUUGAGCCAAACCGCAGAGCAAACAAGAAAACUCACAGAUGUCGAAACACAGGUUUUAAAUCAGACAUCUCGACUAGAAAUUCAGCUGCUUGAAAAUUCUCUGUCUACAUACAAACUGGAAAAACAAUUAGUUCAGCAAACACAUGAAAUAAUAAAAAUUCAUGAGAAAAACAGCCUAUUGGAGAACAAAAUUAUAGAAAUGGAAGAGAGACACAAGGAUGAACUAAAUGCUUUGAAAACAGAAAAGGAAACCCUACAAAGCCUGGUGUCCCGUCAAAGCUACAUAAUCCAAGAGCUGGAGAAGCAGCUGACCAGGGCCACCAAUAAUAACAGCAUUCUGCAGAAGCAGCAGCUCGAGCUCAUGGACACGGUGCACAACCUGGUCAAACUCUGCUCAAAAGAAGGAGUUCCAUUAAAGAAUGUAAAAAGAGAAGAAGAAAAGCCAUUUAGAGACUGUGCGGAUUUGUAUCAUGCUGGCUUCAACAAGAGCGGUGUUUACUCAAUCUACAUUAAUAAUGUGUCAGAACCUAAAAAGGUUUAUUGCAAUAUGGAAACAGCAGGUGGAGGUUGGACAGCAAUUCAGCACAGAGAAGAUGGAAGUGUGGAUUUUCAAAGAGGCUGGAAAGAUUACAAAUUGGGAUUUGGCAGCCCAUCUGGUGAAUUCUGGCUCGGGAACGAAUUUAUCUUCGCAAUAACCAGCCAAAGGCAGUACUCUCUAAGAAUCGAAUUGACGGACUGGGAAGGAAAUCACGCGCAUUCACAGUAUGACAGAUUCCACAUAGGAAACGAAAAACAGAAUUACAGGUUAUACUUAAAAGGCCACAGCGGAACAGCCGGAAAGCAGAGCAGUCUGAUACUACAUGGAGCGGAUUUCAGUACAAAAGAUGCAGACAAUGACAACUGCAUGUGCAAGUGUGCUCUAAUGCUCACGGGAGGUUGGUGGUUCGACGCUUGUGGUCCUUCAAACCUGAAUGGAAUGUUCUACAAUGCAGGACAAAAUCACGGGAAAUUAAAUGGAAUAAAGUGGCAUUAUUUCAAAGGCCCUAGUUACUCAUUGCGCGCAACAACUAUGAUGAUCCGGCCAUUGGACUUCUAGUUUUAAAAAAAUUCAAUAAAAAACAACCCGAACAAUGCAAAACUGUUACCUUUUUCGAAGAUUCAAAUUACACCGGGAAGUGAAUUCCAUUAAAGCAGCUACAAAUGAUAUCAAUCAAAUCAAUUGUUUUGAUACCAACGAUACAACAACAUU